AUGUCGCCGCUCAUUCUGCACAGCUACUCUCCAUCCAUCACUUCGCGGCGCAAGCCCCGGGCAAGAUCUUUCUCGGUGACCUCGGCAGAGUAUGGAGACAUACGCAGGCUGGUCGACAUUGAAUUCUUUGCUUUUGAGAAUGAGAAAACCAAUCACAUCCUCUCCUACAGAGAUUACAACCAACCUGGACAUUUCGAGCGAGCUGUACGAUUGUACCAGUCCGCAAUGAACAAGACGGAGAAUCUCAGGCGCAGAAGGAAGUCUGCUUCUGCGCGCAAAUCUGGGAGCAGACCGAACACAGACUACGUGAGAUUUCGCAAAGUCACUGACGCCGACUCCGGCCUCAUCAUUUCCUGGGCCAAGACAGAAGUCAAGACCUACAGCCAAGAGGAAUUGGAGAGCCCGGCAGACAUUGGCCAUGAAGAUGAAGCACCCAUGAAUCGGGAUUGGUUUGCACUGAAUGAGCGACUCCGGAGGAAAUACAUGGGCACCACGAAACACUGCUACAUCGGCAUGGUCGCCACACAGCCAACGUACCAACAUCACGGCGCCGGAACGAUGCUGCUCGAGGACAUCCUAGCAGAAGCAGACGAAGCGGGCAUCGAAUGCUAUCUUGAAGCCACCGACACUGCCAAGCCUCUGUACGAGAGACAUGGCUUUGUGACCGUCAACGAAUUGCGAUUCGAUCCCGCCGCUUAUGGCAUCUACGGCUUCAAUAUCGAGCGACAGACGAUUAUGGUUCGAGGCGCGCUCGACAGUCGAGGCCAGAGAAGAGGUGUACGGUCGUAUGAGGAAGCUGUUGUUGCUUCGACCAAGUCGGUGCAAGCACAGCUCUGA